AUGGGUUACCCCGACGUUGACUCCAGAUCCAUGGAGAUCCAGGAGCUGCCGUUGCAGCAGGACACAAAGAGCAUCGAGCUGCACAAUUAUAAUCGUCCUGCCAAAGACAACGGAAAGAGAGCUGAGGUAUAUCCCACUGGACUGUCGCACCUGCGUCAUGCAAACCAGCAUCAGCAGCAGCAGCAGCAGCAGCAGCAACAAGAACACGAACAGCAAGAACAGCUGCACAAUGUCGACGACCGCCCGUCUGCCAGCUCCGUCAAACUCAAGCUGAUCAGCUGCUGCUUGUCCUUCCUCAUCGCUGGUCUCAACGACGGCAGUAUCGGGCCGCUGGUCCCGUACUUCAUCGAGCAGUACGUCAUCACCACGGGGCUGGUCGGAGUCAUUUAUGGCGCCAGUUUUGCCGGGUGGCUUGCGGCAGCAAUCUUGAUGUCCUUUGCGACUGUGUACAGCGGGCUGAGGGGCACGCUGUUGGCAGGAGCGGUUUUCUACCUCCUGGCUCAGGUUUUGCGCGUGUGGAUCCCUCCCUACCCCCUCUUCGCAAUCUCAUUCUUCUUCGCCGCCCUCGGCCAGGCCUUCCAGGACAGCCAGGCCAACACGUUCGUCUCGUCCAUCGCGUCGUCGCAUCUGUGGCUGGGCGUGCUGCAUGCCAUGUACGGAUUAGGUCUGCUGAUUGCGCCGCUGAUCGCGACGGCCAUUGCCUCGCACGACACGCGGCGAUGGUCUUUUUACUACCUGCUGCCAAUGGGUGUGGGCGUCGUCAAUAUCGUCUUGCUGCUGGUGUCGUUUUUCUCGCUGCCUUUUCUCCGGACAGAUGAUCCUGAAGCGGCAGUACCGGCUGCUGCGGCGCCUGCGCAUGCAGUUGAACGUCCCCAGACGGGCAAGUUCCGAGCUGCGAUCGAGGAGAUGAAGGAGACGGUGCGGGUGAAGGAGGUCUGGCUGAUCAGUCUUUUCUUCUUCUUCUAUCUGGGGGCUGGUCUCACCAUUUCUGGCUGGCUCGUCGUCUACCUCAACCAAGUCCGCCAUCUCCCUCUCUCCAGCGCCGGAUACGUGCCCACCGGCUAUACGGCCGGCCUGUUCAUCGGACGCCUGCUGCUGCCGCAUCCGACACACAACUGGCUGGGAGGCGAGCACUACACGCUGACAAUCCUCUGCAUCGCCUCUCUCGCCCUGCAGCUCCUCGCGUGGCUGGUCCACUCGGGCAUCGUGACCGCCGUGGCAUGGAGCCUGAUGGGGUUCUGCGUCGGGCCCUUCUUCGCGGCCGCCAUCCAGGUGGCAUCCGAGGUGGUGCCGCGCAAGGUGCGGUCCAGCGGGCUGGGGCUGAUCUUUGUCAUGGCGCAGCUGGGAGGCAGCAUCCUGCCGGCCGUGACGGGGGCCAUCGCGACGGAGAAGGGGGUCGAAGUGAUGCAGCCGAUGGCGCUGGCGCUGAUUGCGGCCAUGGGGUUGAGCUGGUGGUUUGUGCCGACGUUGAAGCGGUAG